CAAACGGCAAAGUGUGAGAUACUCACAUUCGCUUGUAAUCGAAACAUUCAUUUUCUAUCACAAAAUAUUUCGAAUGAAUAUAUGUAUAUCGUGUGUACCUCACUGUGAUUUCCGUGACACACAAAAAAACCAAAAUACAAGCCUGAAUCUUUCACGUUGCUUGAAAAAGGCACGCAUUUAUUGGUAGCCGUAGCACACCGUGUCUCUUUUGCUCUCGCUUACUCCCAAUUACACACGGAGACAAGACGAAUAAAAAAAAAACCUGUAACAAUUUAUGUAUAUAUAUACAUAAGAGCCAAUAAACACCGAUUCAUAUAUACAUUUUUUUCGUCUUUGUUGUUUGUUGUUGCUGAUGCUGCUAUUGAUUUGAGCUACCGUUUCCUUUUUGUUCUUAUUUUAAAUACAAUCCAGUUUCAGUUGCAAGCCGACCAGCACACUUAUUAUCGUUUUUCCGCGAGAGUUUUUCAUUUUUAAACGCCGUCAUUUUAACGUUUUUACAAAAUCGUGUUAACAUUUGGAAUGCAAUUGAAAGCAAAAACAUCUAAUGGGAAUUGUGUGGACGUGCAUUUAAGGCCACAGUGACAGUGAAUUAUAAUAGGUCUUGUUUCAAUUUGCAAUUACAAGUGCUUUGCCCAAAAUAACAAAAUAUUCCACCUGCAUAAUAUACGGAGAGCUUUCCUCGUCAAACAAUAAAAUCAAAUGAAAGUAAUUACGUGUGAUUGACGUCCACGCAACAAAAUAAAUGUAAACAAUAAAUGCGCAAACAAUAACACUGACUACAUUAUCUAGAAGUGCAUUUCGAAAUGUAGCGCUUUUCAUUUAAAUGAAGAAAUCACAAUGAUGUGUCAUGUAUUUUGAUAGAUCAUCUCACAACAUUGCGUGUGAAUUCGAACUAAACCGGGUAGAAACUUUAAUUAAACAAAGUUUUAUUUAAAUUAUUGAAGAAAAACGAAACCGUGUGCGCUCUUUAGUUUGACAGAUAGAGAUCAAGAUCAUCAUGUGCAUUUAUAAAUAAAAUGUACACAGUGAAUAUCGGUUAGAUAAUGUCAGUUGUUAAAUUGAGUGUUAAACAAACCAAUGAAUUUCAAUUGAAAUUUUCAUAUCAAAAAUGUGAUUAAAUUACAUUAUUUUCAUUCCAUUCAUUCAAUAAAUCGAAAAGUGAUAUGAAUACAUCAACCGGCGAAGUGUAUGACAUUUAAAAGAAGAAAAAAAAUUGCGUGAAAACUGGCGCCAGAGAGUUUCAAGAGAAAAAAGAACAAACAGAUAAACUUAGCUGAAGUGCUAUCAAAGCGUAAAAAAACAGAAAGUUAUUUUGUGGGCGAAAGAAACGGAGAAAAAGAAGGUGGUUGCAAAAUGGAGAAUAUUACUGAUUCGAGUCUGGGGAGUCGAUUGUUUGAAGAUUCAACCGCAACAUCGGACGAUAUCAUUCACGGUACGAUCAGUAGCAUCAACGAUAUGAAAACCACUUGUUUGAUACUGACAAAAUCAAAUUCAUCGCAGGCGAAUACAUCGAUCGGAUGUCCGAUUGAAUUCGAUUCCAUUUCAUGUUGGCAUAACACACCACCAAACACAUCCGCAAUCAUACAAUGUUUUUCGAAAAUGUCUGGCAUUAACUAUGACAGUUCAAAAAAUGCUUCAAGAUUUUGUAAUGCAAAUGGAACUUGGGAUAGGCCUAAUUACGAGCUAUGUAAACCAUUGGAGGAGAAUCUAGCACAAGUAAUCGAUGCAUCAUACGUUGAAAUUGCCACACACAUUUACAGCAUCGGUUAUCCAAUCAGUUUGAUAGCAUUAAGCUUGGGCUUGGCUGUUUUCAUACAUUUCAAAGAUCUUCGCUGUUUGCGAAACACCAUCCACUGUAAUUUAUUUUUAACAUAUAUUUUAUCGGCGCUACUUUGGAUUAUCCCAUUGGGAUUGGGGCUAACGGAAAAUGAUCCAACCGGUUUCGGAUGCAAAUGUCUUGUUAUUUUAUUGCACUACUUUACAUUGACAAACUUCUUUUGGAUGCUGGUUGAAGGAUUGUAUCUUUAUAUGCUGGUCGUGGAAACGUUUUCGGGUGAUAACAUGAAGUUCAAAAUGUACGCGUUCAUUGGAUGGGGUUGCCCGGGUAUUAUAAUUGCUAUUUGGACAGCUGUCAAAUCAUUUGCAACGAUCGAUGAAUCGAACGGACUGAAUCGACCAACGGUGCAAAUGAAAUGCACAUGGAUGCAUGAAUCGCUGGUUGAUUGGAUAUUUCAUGGUUCGGAAUUAGCCUGUUUGCUCGUUAAUCUAUUCUUUCUCAUUCGGAUUAUGUGGUGUAUUGUUAAGGUGCUCGUAAUUAAAUUGCGAUCAGCGAACACAGCCGAAACGAGACAGUAUAAAAAAGCAUCGAAAGCCCUACUUGUGCUCAUACCAUUGCUUGGCAUCACAUAUUUGGUCGUACUGAUUGGACCCGCAAACGGUGUUAGCAGCCAAUUAUUUUAUGUUCUACAAGCAUUUCUCAUUUCAACACAGGGAUUUUCGGUGUCGUUGUUAUAUUGCUUCAUGAAUUCGGAGGUGAAACAAGCUCUGCGUCAUCGAUUAUCGAUAUGGCGGGAACAGCGAAAUAUUGGCAACGACACACAAAUGGACUAUCGAAGACAUCGAAAUGGCUUGUCGAAGGAUUACUCAUCACCAAGAUCUAGAACGGAGAGCAUACGGAACAAUGAACAAAGUUAUAUUGCAUUAAGCCGAAUUCGAAUUAUCGAUUUAUCAAGUGAAAAAUAAAAAAUCCCCCUCAAAAAAAUACCACAAACCAAUUUUACGGAUUUUUUCAUUCGCAUAUAUAUAUGUAACGCAAAUGGACACCGCAUCUCGCUCAAAUGUCAUCAUCAUCAUCGAAAUCGCCAACAACGACCCACAAUGAUGAAUUCUCCGUCGACAGAACGGAAGUAUACACAUAUACCGUUAACGUAAGAGUUUAAGCUUAAAUGAAAUAAACGAUGGCAGCAUCCGUGCAGCUUAAGGGAAGACAGAGGACUUCAUGAAGAUCCUUAAAAACGAUUUUGUAUGCGAAAAAUGUUUGAAAAGUAAAAAAAAAGAGAAAUGAGUUAGAGACAUUCUGUUUGAAUGGGAAAAUGUUUUCAAUGAUACUUUGAUGAUGGUCCCGGGAAGAGAAUUUAAAUGAAAUACAUUAGGAAAGGUAUCACCGCAAAAUAAAACGUAUUUUUUUCAUAUUCAAUUUAUACAUUUCAGUACUAUCGGUCAAAUAGAAUUUUUAAUUUAUACUUUUCAAUUUGAUAGCGUUAAGAUUAUACAGUGAACCUAAACAAAUAAAUGUGCUGACACUGAUUUUAAUAUAUCGAAAGAAAUAGUUUUCAAAGCUGUUCAUUCGUUUGAAUCUCGGAAAUUAUUUGUCCUCGAAUAUAAAGCUCUUCAAUUUCUGGUAUAUUUGGCACACAUUCAUGUCAAUAACAUACCCGUAUUAUAAAGAAGAUUGCAUCGCAAAAAAAGGCAUAUCAUGGAAUUUACACUUUUUUCAAAUAACAUCAUCCUUUUUUUGCAGACAAAAAAGAGCGUUGAAAGAAUUUCUGUAUACCAUUCAACUAUAUAGUCUUCUUAUCAAAUACAGAGAAUGCAAAAAAACGAACCCUGUAACCGAAUGCAUUUGUUUUUAAGAAAAAUAGAGAGUGAGAAAGCGACGGAGAAAAAGAAAUCGUGACGUCGUAUUUUAAAAUACAUUCUGAACCCAUCAGAUUCAAGCUGAGAAAGAUUCCACGAGGAAGAAGAGAAUUUGUUAGCAGAGAGUGCAUAAAAAACAUUCGAAAUCUUCGUGAAUAAAUAAUGUAAGCUGUGCGUAAAUAUCAAAUGUCAUAAAAGGUGGAUAUUUCCUCUCAAGUAAUCUGGUGAUAAUGACUCAACUUCAACUAACAAACAAAUUAUGUCAUUUAGGUGUUUUAUUUCAAGAGACAGUCACAGUCAGUCAAGACAGGUUGAUGCACUUUUCUCCAUUUUUUGUUUGCUUUCACUCUCUCAUUUUUACACGUGCGAAAUUGAUGUCAUUUAUUUGAUUGAAACAAUGAAUUUUUGAUAAACGUGAAAUGAAACGAGGACAAAGAUGGAUGAAAGUACAACAAAAGAAAUAUUCUUUCCUUUUUUGUCGUUUUUGGCCAUUACGUAGCAGAAAAUUUCAUAAAAUAGGAACUAUAGAACUAAGAUUCCGUCAUGAAGUUUUACGCAAAAAGGGACUUUUUAUUCCGCAGUUACAAAUGAUUUUUUGUAGAGAAUGUUACCGGAUCAUUACUCCUUAAAAAUCUUGACCUAAAAAUUACAUUUUAAUAUAGUGGAAACUAAAGAUAUCCCACGUCCUAAAGAAAUGCAGAGAAGUAGCUUCUGAAGAAUUUUUUUAGUAGAAUUGGAAAGGGUCCCCACUUUUGCAAAAAUUGUUAAAAUUCUGUCUUUGAGCGAUUUAUCAUUUUUAAGUGUGUCCCAAAAGUUGAUGUAUUCUCUCUGAUAAAUGUCUAAUCAAAUUCAAAAAUCUGUAUGUCUGAUGUAAAUUGUGCAAGUGACACACAAGUGUUCAAGUGGUACUUACCUACAAAACUACUUACUUACCGUGUAAACUACAAUCAUUAUCAAUAACCAAAUAGAUAAUGAUCUAGAGGCAUAUAUUAAUUGUUUCCAUAAAUGAACAACAUUCGAAUAUCCAUAUAUAUUUUAUAUUCUCACAACAAAACUGUAAAUGUAAGAAAUUUAUCUUUUUUUGUGUAGAAAAAGCUGGUAAUAAAUGAAUGAAACCAAAU